AUGAAACACAAGUGUUUCAGAGAGCUUGAAUUACAACUACUUCAACCUCAGGCCUUUUUCUAUUAUAGAAGCUUUUCCAAAAACCCAAGAAGAAAAAAGGACCUUUCAAUGAAUAGUGACUCCACGGACAUCUCAAGUGACGUUGAAACUACGGCUGUGGAAGCUGACACUUUCGAUAAGCAAGAGUUGAUAGUGUGGGCCAGUAAGUUGGAGUUGGAAAGUAUUGAUUAUAGAACCACCAGUAUAGAUUUAUUAGAAAAAUUGAGCAAGCUCUCGAAGCAGCUAACUGAAUCUUUGGGCUCGGUAAAAACCCAAAUAUUCGAAAUGAAGAUCAACGGUUCAGAAAAAGACCGAAAACUCAAGAAUUUCAUUGAACUCACUGUUGCCGGAGAAGUGGACGAAGUAUACGAAAAAAUUUCCCAGGUCAGCAACAAGAUAAAAGAACUGCACGGUUCAGUUCGUGCAAUUGAAGCCUUAGAUUUAGAAUCAAUUGAAAGAAAGUUCAAUGCUUUCUUAAAAAUUCAAAAUAAAAAAAACAAGGAAUAUGAGGAACAACUGCAAACACUGCAGCUACUCCUGGAUCAGGCAACUAAACGGACUCCACAGAGACCUACUCCACCAUUUGAGGUAACAGCUGAAAUCGGAACUGAAAAGAUAUCACAGAGGUGCAAGCCGAGCCGUCCCAAUAAAGAGGAUGGGAAGUUGAAUGCUUAUGCAAAACGUUCAUAUUCGUCUAAAAGGCCCGACUCCAAAGUGAUAAAGCAUUCACAACAACGUAGAACAUCUACAUUCACAAGAAAGCUUAUUUUCGACUGA